ACGAUGGCCGUAGAUCAUUUUCUGUUCGGUCAGUGCAUCCUUUACUUUUUAGCGUUUCUGUUCGGUUUCAUCGCCGUUGUGCCACUCUCCGAGAACGGGGAUGACUUCCAGGGAAGAUGCCUGCUGUUUACGGAGGGAAUGUGGCAGAAUGAGAACAUGACGAUGGGGAAGCAGCGCUUUGUUGUUGAGGAAUGGGGACCAGAAUCAUCCUGCCGGUUUAUCACUUUCGUGGGCAUCGUGUCGCUCAUCCUCUCCGCUGUACAGGCGUGGCGGACGCUUUUCUUUCUUUGCAAGGGGCACGACUCUCAUUUCCAUGCCUUCCUGAAUUUGCUGCUGUCCCUCCUUGUGGUAUUUGUGGUGUUUGUGGCGGGCACCAUUACCAGCGUUGGCUUUAACUCAUGGUGUGAUGCUGUCACUGAAAAGGGGGCCUUGCCAAGCAGUUGUGAGGACCUGCAAGACACAAAUUUAGAGCUUGAUGUUGAUAACUCAUCCUUUUAUGACCAGUUUGCCAUCGCACAGUUUGGCUUGUGGUCAUCUUGGUUAUGCUGGUUGGGUCUAACUGUUCUGGCCUUCAUGAAGGUUUAUCAUAACCACAGGCAGCAGGAGCUGCUGGACAGUCUAGUUCAGGAGAAGGAACUUCUGCUCGGUCAUCCUUUACAGAGUUCUUAUGUGUAUAACAGGAAUGUAAUGAUGUAAACCAACAUCUCUCUCUCUCUCUCUCUCUCAAUCCAUUUACAGUAUAUACCAUUCACACAGCUACUAGUUUAUGAGACCUGAAAUAAUAAUCUUAACCAUUUUGUACAAAACCUAUGACAAAAAUUACAUUACUCCGAGUCUGGUCUUUAGUAUCAUUUGCAAAGUAUGUUUAUGUUUAAAUGAAUGAUCAAUGCACAUGCCAUACUCAAGGCUCAUAUCAGAGAGUUAAAGGUCCAGUGAUGUUCUUUAGACAUCAUACUGAUACUUGUAGCCUAAAUGUUUUUUUUAUGGUUUUGCAAAUGUAUUAUCAUCAUGAUUAAGAUGGGGUAUGUGUUCUAUCAAGAGCUAUGAUAAGCUAUGUACAAUAUGAAAAAAGUGCAAUGGCACACAGGGUGGUAUUAUUUUGUUUUAUAAAUUAUGAAUAAAUAUAUGAGUAUACA